GCUCAAGCCUUUUCACACGCGAUUCCUCGCUACUAUAUAGUGCAUUUAUUUCGCGGACUCUCAAAGCGACUUUGGUGGCUUGAAGUCGAUAAUGAAGCAACAUAUGCUCCUGACGCUUUGCUUUACAGGAGCCUUGGGUGCAAAAGUUCACUCAGUGCAGCAAUCAAUGGAGGCGGAGAAGGCCUCUGAUGAAGCAUCCACUGGGAUGUGCAGCAAUUGGGUCACGGUCGGCUCGACCAUCGCCCUUCACAAUUCCAUGCACAAUCGCUUUGUGCGGAUGACCAACGGAGGAGUGGUGGAUAGCAACGUUGCACCAUUGGAUGGCAACGGUAAACCCUACCUGCCAGCGAGCUGGACUUGGGAACGGUUCGAAGUGGUGGAUGCUGGCAAUUGUCAAAUUGGGCUCUACAACAACCUCCAUCAACGCUAUUUGAAGCUCACCUCCAAUGAUAUCGUGGCAAGCCCUUAUGCUCCAAUUCCAAUGCCUCCAGACUAUGUGGAGGAACGCAUGGAGCUGGUUCAUCUUUGGGAUAGCUACAUCAGCCUCAAGCGUUAUGGGAGGAUGCAAAUGGAACCCAAUGGCAACAUGAAAGCCAUGUACAUCGAGAAUCCGGGAGAUUAUGAGCGCUUUUGGGUCUUCGAGGUUGAAAGUCCUCUGGCGCGGCUGGCUGGGAAGGUCUAUAUUGCUCUCCACAAUCAAGCGAACAACCGCUACUUGAAGAUGACAGAUGCAGCAGGGAUGGAGGGCAGUGGCCAGUCUUCCAACUUGGCAUCUUCAUGGACACAGGAGAGAUUUUGGGUGGUCGAUGCAGGCAACGACGAGGUUGCUUUGCACAGCUAUGACAUGAACCGCUUCAUUCGGAUGAACAAUGGCUUCAUGGAUGCCAGCGGUCACAAGAACUGGUGGGAAUUACCACCCGCCUCCAGCUGGACGUGGGAGAGGUUUCGCGUGAUCAAUGGUGGCACCAGCAGCACUGGGCAUGGCUUAAUUGGUCUUCACAAUUGGGCUCACAACAGCUUUGUGCAGAUCAAUGAUGGUGGGGAAGCGAAGACUGUGGGUAAGAACUAUUGGGAUCUUCGUCAUUGCCCCCAAUGCACCUGGAUCAAGUUCGUGGUCAUUCAAGUUUGCCACCCUGCCAGUGUCAAUUGGAUUGGGAAGACCGUGGCCAUCCACAACACUUUUUGGAAUCGUUUUCUUCGCAUGACUGACAACCAGUUCGUGGUGGAUGGCAGCGGGGUCAGCAACGCGAACGAGUUACCAACCUCUUGGAGCUGGGAGAGGUUUACCAUCGUGGAUGCUGGAUGGGGCCAGGUCGCCUUUCAUAGCCCUGUGCACUCGCGCUUCUUGCAAGAUGUGGAGAAUGAGUUGAAGUCCACGAAUCAGGCUCCAGAUUUUGAGAUCCCAGCCGAUGACCGCGGCAAGAAGCGCUUUCUUCUGCUGAUGGACAGCAACCAGUUCGUGCUCUACAGUCCUGCUUGGCAGCGCUACAUCUCCUUGGAUCAGCAAACCACCAGCUGUCAUUGCUGCAUUGGCGACUACCAAAGGUUCACUCUUGUGGACGCCUGGCACCCUCUUCGGGGGAUGGUUGGACAGACUGUGGCUCUCUACAAUGAAGAAUGGGGACGCUUCGUGAAAAGCGAUGGUUCACUCAAUGUCAAGGCAAGCGCGCCCAUGAGCAUCCAAGAUCUGACGGCCGCGGACACGGGGGCGCUGUUCUACGUGACGUGGGAGGCCAGUGAAAAAGUCAGCUUCUGGAACUACCAGGACAGGAAAUUCCUCUUCUUGGAGCAUGACCGACUGCAGCUCACUCCGCAGGCUUACCAGGACAAGAACAAUGCCAACCCGCCCAGCAACGCCAAGCUUUCGGUUUCAGAUUCCGGAUAUCAUGGGCAGAUUGCUCUCAGGUGCUGCUACACGAACUGGAUCGUGCAGAUGAAAGACAAUGGUCAGGGGAGUGUUGAGAUGUUCAGGGCAACUGUAGCUCCGGAGAAUGCUGGAUCUUGGGUACGCUUCAUUGUGGUGCCCAUGAAUGUUGACAUACCUCCAGCCACCUUCAUCUCACACCCAGGCAAGAUCUGCAAAGAUACGCCAGAACCUGAGAAAUACACUCCCUAUACCUUCGAUCCGUGUGACGCUGGGAAUUGCAAUGGUUUCACGAACCAAAACAUUGCCAGCUGUUCCAUGAAGUGCGAUGAGAGUGAUAUCCCCCCUGGCUGUGGGCAAAGGAUGACAUGUUCAGCUGCAGUCUUGCACCCAGAUGGGAGAUGCCACCUCUAUUCGACUUGUCCAGUGGAUGAGCUGAUCGACAGAGCUGGAGUCACCACGCUCAUCCCAGAUCCAGGUGCAUCGCUCCUGGCCUUCAGCAACACAACGGUCGCCAGUCAGAAUGCCACCGUGACAACGAGCAAGGACUUCGGGCCCUAUGGAGAAGUCGCCGUGGCGCUGCCCAUUGUGUUGAUCAAUUUGUCCAACUUCAGUGGGUUGAUCCAACCAACGGGGGCUGGCCAUGUGGACAUCGAGCACACGUUUGGCGAUGUUGAUGAGGACCUGGAGCUUCUCUACGACAAGGUCGCAGGCUUCUACGGAGCUUUGCACGAGGUGCUGGGGCCAGACGGACCCAUCUAUUGCCCGUGGAACUCAUACGAACAUAUUGAGCAAUGUCUGAUGUUGGCAUCGUGCCUGAUUCAGAGCCAUGUGCCGCAGCACUUUUCGAUGUCUUUCUAUUCUUCCAUUGCAGAACAGAUAGAGAGGUUCGACAUUGCCUGGCAAAGACUGGUGGAUGCCCUGGGGGUGGAAACCCACAACGCGGAGCGUAACUUCACGAUUCCAGGCAUGGGCCUCCCUGCGAAAUACCAAUGUGGCGUGCACUCUGUGGAAGAGUCUCUGAUCUACCCCGAGACGACUGGCACAGUGCUGGCGCAACUGAACCAAGAUUGGUCUUUGGCCUCUGACACCACGCUUGCCAUGUCUCGAGCCCUUGAACAUGCCAGCCGAUCCACGCAGCAGAUCUUGGAUUCGCACAGUCUGAACAUGUCCAUUGAUACAACGCUCCGCAACUUGGAAGAGGUGUGGCGGCCGAUGUGCCGAAAGCUGAAGUGCGACGCGUCCAACUUCGCGGACAUCUUCCUGAACUCGCAUGACAUCACCACGGCCCUGCUGCAAACCGGUGCCGCGGAGCACAUGCGAGCGCACAUUCGCAGCCGAGUUCAACUGGAGCGCCGGCUCCAACUCUUCGAAGGGGAGCAUGCUGCCAGGUUCUAUCGGAACGAGUAUCCAGAUGCCUCCUUGCAGAAGGCCAAGCAGUACGGUAAGAAGGGGAGAAAGGCGGUGCACCAACUCGUGUUGGCCUUUGCGGCGGCGAACGAGGCUAGGGCCAUGCGAUUGGUUGACCAAGAGGAGUUGGCCAAAUUCAUGGAUGAGGAAGAAACGGCCUCUCCUCUUGACCAUGGAAGCAUCUCGAACCAAUCCUUGGUGAGUUUGACAAGUUUGACAGCCGGCAUGAAGACCCGCGGCUUUCUCGACUUUCUUCGGAGGGCCUUCGAAUGCUUUGGCGACUUCAGCACCUUUGUGGCCGAAGGCUAUUCCCGACAGAUUCCCUGCGGAGUUUGUGCGGCCCCGGCGUACGUGUGCGCCGUGACCUUUUCGCCUUUAGCAAUCAAUUUGGGUCUGGUGGGAGGUGCUGACCAAAGCUUGUUGGACUUGCUUGAAGGACACGACCCAGUGGGAUACUUCCGUGCAUAUGUGAGUUUCACGCUGGGUGCAGGGGCUGGGAACAUCUGGGCCGGGAUCAGUGCUUCCGCGACUUGGUCGAUGGGUUGCGAGACAAGGCAAGUCUACCUUUCGAUUGGUGUGGGGGUGGUCUUCGCAGUCAUCAUUCCAGGGCAGUACAGCGCAUGCCCCCUACCAAAUGCAGUCACAAGGAGCAUUUGCGUUCCUUGUGGUGCCAGUUUUGGAUUUUAUUAUUCCAUUUUCUGUUGCAAGAUCAACCUAGCUACUGGCGAAAGCAACUGCCGCUAGUGGCAGCAGACACUGCCCACCUGAGGCUUUGUUUCUGUGUUUGCGCGGAAAACCUUUGAGUACUUGGACCAUGCAGUUUUACUUUUGCAAUUGAUACUGAUACAUUCUUUGCACGAACUCAACAUCAUUCCCUAUCCUUUGC